GCCCCCGGCCCGCCCGCUCGCCCGCCCGUCCGCCGCCGCCGCCGGGAGCGCAGCGCAGCCGAGACGCUCGCCGAGGCCCCGAGGGGGUCGCUGCGCGGGGACCCCCGAAGCCCCGGAGCGAGGCGUUGCUUCCCUCACGGAUCCCGAGAAGCCGGAGGCGAGAGAGGCAUGAACUGACCCGCUCGUCAGGAACCCUUCGAACGCGUCCCCAGAGCCAUGGCGGACGGGCCUUCGCUCGCCCUGGCCGAGUGGCUCCAGAAACUCCGCCUGGACCAGUACGUCGAGACCUUUGAGCAGAACCAGCUGAGAUGCCUCCAGGACUGCCAGCACUUGAGCGACGAGAGCCUCACCCGCCUCGGCGUUCUGCUGCCCGGCCAUCGCAAACGGAUCCUCUCCGGGUUGAGCAAAUUCUUCGCCGAGUUGCCGUCCAGCGCCGGACGUCCCCAGCUGCCACCGAGGAGGCCCGUCCCCAAGAAACGCCACAUCUUCCGGACAGCUGGCUCUCUGCCGGAGCAAGAGGCCAAGCGUGACUUGGCGGGACCAAGUGGCAAGGGGUCGCCCCCGGAACGGGGUUCGGAAUCCGCCCUUGGCCUUCCCCUUAUUCCUCCUCCUAUCCCUCCGAGGACAGGUUCCCACCCGCCAGUGAAGUUCUCCGCUUCUUUCCCGGUUUGCUCGGACCCCCGAUGCCCUUCUCCGCAGCCGGCUUGCGGGAGACUCAGCCCCCCCUUCCCGGAGGAGGGGGCCAAGCCUCCACUGCCCCCUCUGCCCGCCAAACGCCACCAGGUGGAGAACAGGCCCGCCAUCCCGGCGGUGGCGGCACCGCCCGUCCCCGUGCGCCCACCCACGCUGCCUCCCCGGGUGGUCUCCCAGAGAGCCCUGCCAAGUUCUCCUGCGAGAGAGAAGCCUCCGGAAUCUGAGGACCUGCCCACCGUACCCCCCGCCCUCUUUCCACGUGUCAAGUUAACGGUGCACCACAGUGGCCCCGAGAUUCCCCCAAAGCCCUCCCUCCUUUUGCACCCAGAGUUUGAGGACUCCGAUUAUGAGGACCCCCUGUUUGAGGAGGAGAGGGAAACUUUUAUGGAAGAGAUGACUGACAAGAAGGCCACCCCGGAGAGGCGGCGCUCGGCCCGCUUCAACAGCCUGUUCAGUGAAGAUGAGCUGGUUGAAGAUUAUUUCAAGGAGGAAUCGGUCCCUAAGUGAGCAUCGCGCCCUCCUUCGGCUGCUUUGGGGUUCGGGGGGGGGGAGAUUCCUGCUGUCGGGCGAGGGGCUGCCUCCGUUAUGCCGCUUCUGGGAUUUAAGACGAUCAGUGAAAGGCAACUGCUUUUCGGGGGCACGAUGGCUCAGUGGUUAAAGACGCCGAGCGUGUCCGGUGGAGAGCUGACACCCCGGGUUCAAGAACCGAGCGCUUCCAUGAUGGGGUGAGCUCCUGUCCUUGCUUCAGCUCCUGCCCACCGAGCAGAUUUACAGAAUAACAGAGUUCGAAGGGAGCUUGGAGGUCAUCUAGUCCAACCCCCCCAAGCAGGAGUCCCUGCACCGUUUCUGACAGACAAUCUUGGUUGCUCUUCUUUGCACUCUUUCUAGAGCAGGUGUGUCAAACCCACAAUGUCAUGUGAUGUGUCGCGACUUUUUUUCCAUUGCCGGCAAAGGGGCGGGCGCGGU